AUGUGUGGCCUUGAAGUAGAAGAUGCUUCCAACCUCACUACACUGGGUCUACUCGUGGAGUGCAGCUUACCCAAGAGCUUGUUCAACAAUGCUCGGGGGUCGUGCCUCCAGAGCGAGGAGCGCCUCAGCCUGCAGAUUAAUCUGUCUGCGCGUGGUGACCGGCCCACUGACCUGGACAAGCUCAAGCCUUACGUCAUUGAGCACAUUUUGGUGCUGCUGAUGGCCCCCACUGAUGGACAGGCUGCAGUAGAGGAACCAACAAUAGGAGUGUAUAUGUUAAAUUCUGGAAGCAAGAAGCUCUAUGUAAAGGACAUGCAGGUGCUAUCGAAAGUGGAGGCCAGCCUGGAGUGUAAUCAGGUUCUCCUGAGACCAGAGGCAAACAACUUCACAGAAGUGGCUACACUGGCCUGCAAAGAUUCUUUGCCAGACCACGUGGGGAAAUGCAUGAAUCAUAUCAGCUUGAAAACUGUGGGAGACCAGACAACCUACAUAUUCCCAGGACUACAUAACAGAAGGAUCAUGGGGGAUUUGUUCAGCCUGGUCCAGGUGAAACAAAGCCACGCAGACCAGGUGGAUCUGUGGCUGACGAACUCCCUCCUCCUGCCGCUCACUGUGACGAGCGCCAGCCUCUCACAGAAGCUGCAGGGAGUAAUGAAGGUGAUGAACUUCAGCGCUCCACUGACAGUCCCCCAGGGCUCCUGGCACGUCCUGUCCCUCCAGUUGCUCAGCAGGACCCUCCCCAUCAACCAGGUGUUCACCCUGAGUCUGUACACCAGCCUGGGCACAGUCCUGCACUUCCCCCUCUUCUUCCACUCGUCUCCUUCCAAGGGGGAUGUGUUGCUUGAGGCGGACCAAGAGUGUGGACGGCCUUGCCCUCUCAGAAUGUCAGAAUCAGGCCGUUCAGAGUGGCAGCGUUCCCUCCUCCCCGACUUUUUCUCCUCCCCUUGGGCCGUUGACGGCAAACUGGCUGCUGAGCUCUGCUCUCGAUGGCAGAGCGACAAACACAAACUGUCUUGCAGGUGGCCCAGACUCCCCGUAGAGACGUCUCUUCCUCUGGACUUUGGUGCUACACCCGUCAAUGAGAGCAAGGUGAAGACGUUCAUGCUGAAGAAUCCUUCCUCUUCGGUGGUUUCUGUAGAAAUUCGGAUCCUCUCCCUGUACCCGGCCCCACUGGAGGCUCUGGACUUCCUUACCAAAUGGUUUAAUAUCAGCCCUCAAUCUGUCAACAUCAGCUCCACAGAGUUUUCUCUCUUGGCUUCUCCCCCCAAGGCGGGUGAGCACGUGGGAGACAUAUCGGGGGAGGGUGUCCUGCGUCUGCUGCUGCAGCCCUGGGAGGCCAGAGAAGUUGCUGUGGUCUUUACUCCCUCUGAACACAAACCCACCACCACUAUUCUCAUCAUCAGGAACAACCUGACGGUGUUUGACAUGAUGAUGGUGCAGGGCCACGGGGCCAAAGAGCUGCUUAGAGUCGGAGGCAAACUGCCCGGCCCUGGAUCCUCUCUGCGCUUCAAUGUCCCUCAAUCGACUCUCAUGGAGUGUCGUGAUGGCCUGCGCACCAACAAGCCGCUGUUCGCCAUCAGGAAGAGUUUCAAGGUGGAGAAUGCAGGAGAGCUUCCUCUGACUGUCAUGUCCAUGAAUAUUAACGGCUAUAAGUGUCAGGGGUUUGGCUUUGAGGUGUUGCAGUGUCGCCCCUUUAGCCUGGACCACAACACUUCCUCUGAGAUCACCAUCGCCUUCACGCCAGACUUCACUUCCUCCUGGGUGAUCAGGGACCUCACCCUGGUGACAUCACGCGGCACUUCUUUCCCUUUCACCCUGAACGUGACGCUGCCCCACCACAUGUUGCCUCUCUGCGCUCAGGUGGUCCCUGGCCCCAGCUGGGAGGAAACGUUCUGGAUGGCCACCCUCAUCUUCACAUGAUGUCUUCACGGCUGGACUGUUAG